AUGGGCGGCGAAUCUGGUGUUGGUAAAUCAACAUUUAUCAAUGCUUUCGUUAAUUAUCUCCCAUUUGACACUUUCGAAAGAGCUUGUUCGAGUAAACCUGUAGUACUCAUGCCUGUCUCAUUUCUUAUCACAGUUGGUGAUCAAUUUGAAGAACAAACCGUUAAAUUUGGUGACGAUGAUUCUAAUGAAGAUCAUAACCAUCCGGGUCAAUCAGUAACUCAACAUUUUAGAUCAUAUGUUUUUAAAAUGAACGAAGAAAUGAAUUUGAGAAUAAUUGAUACACCUGGAAUUGGUGAUAGUCGCGGUAUAGACCAAGACGAUCUUAAUAUGCAAAAUAUUUUGUUAUUAAUCAAUAAUCUAUCACAUGUAAAUGUCAUUUGUAUACUUCUUAAACCGAAUGAAUCAAGACUGAAUAUUAUUCUUCGAUCAUACUUCAAUCGUUUGCUUAAUUUUUUUGGUGAAAAUGCUUGUCAUAAUAUUGUCUUUUGUUUUACGAACACUCGAGCAACAUUUUAUGCUCCAGGUGAUACAGCUCCACUACUGAAAAAAAUGAUUAAUAGUGUACCAGAUAAACAUAUUCCAUUCAAUAAAGCGAAUACGUUUUCGUUUGAUAAUGAAUCGUUUCGUUAUUUGGUUGCUGUUCAAGAUGGAAUUAAAUUGGAUAAAUAUCAAGAAGAAUAUCGAUCGAGUUGGAAAGUUCCAGUAACUGAAUCAAAUCGUCUUUUCAAAUAUGUUUCUGAAGAACUGACAUCUUUUAUUGAUAUUGAAUGGCAUUCGAGUGAACCCUUACACCUUAAAGUUAAUGAAAUAAUUCGUCCAACUUUAGAAGCAAUGCGAAAUAUUCUUCGAAAUAUUGCAUUACUAGAUGAAAAGAAAUCCAAAGCACAAAUAAAACUUAAAACUGUCGCUGUCUCACAGUCUUCAAGUAUUUGUUCUGAGUGUAAACGUACUCCUAAGGAAUUUAACGGAAUGUGGAUACUACCUGAUGAUUUACAUUUAGUUCCUGAAAUGAGUAGCAAGUGCAAGUGUGGUCAUACGAAACAUAUUAAUGUUAAUUACAAACUUGAAUAUGAAACUUGGCAUGACGUGAAUCAGCCAUCGAUUAUGGAGAUGAAGUCGAAUUUCAAUAAACUUAAAGAAGUUAUUUUAGAGUUACAUCAUUUCUAUGUUUAUAUUUCUAGUACUCCAAAACAAAAUGAUCUUUUGUUGAUUGUUCUCAAUCAAACAAUUGCUCAAGAAAGUCAAAUUUGUUCAGAAAAAGUUAACCAACCAUUUAUUUUACACCAAAAUAAUGAACGAUUCAUUAAAUCAAUUCCAGUUAAUAUUCGAAUAAUAAUUGUCCAUAAACCAGUAUUUAUAAAUAAUAAACUUCCUAUUGAUGUACUUAUUAUAAAUAAUACAUUUGAAUGUUUAUUUAAAGGAGAUAUAUUUAUAAAUACAAAACAAUUACAUAUAUUACCAAUUGUCCUUAUUAUUAUUAUCAAUAAACCAAAACGUAUAUAUAAAUCAAUCAGCAAUACUGAAUAUAUAAAUAACUCGAUCAAUAUCCGACGACAUUUUCAAUUUUCAAAUAAAAUCUUCCUUGAAAACUCAAUAUAUCAUGAAUGA